AUGGAUAGAGUCUGGUCCGACUUCAAUUUCAAUUUGCCCGCCUCGCUCCUCGCCGACGAUGGCAUCUUCAAUGGCCCGACCAAAGAGGCCUUCGAGACGGCACGACGCAAAAGGAGGCGCCCAACCUCCGAUCAAGAUAUGUUCCUGGCCUGCAACGCCUGCAGGCAGAAGAAGGUCAAGCUGGAAGCGGAGCUGCGCAAGCACGGCUUGGACGUCCCUCCCAGCAGCGAACCAGCAGGCGAGCCCACCGAUGUAUCAUCCCAGUUGUCGGACUCCACGCGCCAUGAAUCCCUCAACUCUUCUCGAGGAGGCAUCCAGUCCAGGAGGUCUUCUACCAAUCUAAUUGGCAGGCUUUGUCGGGCUGAGCCACGGAUCAGUACAGACCGAGCAGGUCGGCUGCAUUUCUACGGGCCCUCUUCCAGCCUCCACACCGCCGAGAGUAUAUCUUCUUGGUUUUCAUGUAGCGAGACGCUGGGAGGGGUGCCGCAAAACAAUGCCCGCGAGCUGCCAUGUAAGCUCCAGAAUCACCUCCUCGACCAUUAUUGGAAGUACCAGCAUGGAGUCAUCCAAUUGGUUAACCGACAAGCCUUUUUGAGCGACAUGGAAGCCGGUCGUUGCCGGUACUACAGCAAGGCUUUGCUCUACGCCAUAUUGGCCUCGGCCGCCAGGGUGUCAGAUUACCCGGAGAUCAGGGCUCUGGUGGUGCCGGCCGAGGUUGAGACACACAGCUACCGUUGUGAAGAGCCUUAUCUGUUCCGGAAAGCCACCACUCUGGUGGAAGAGGAGCUACAGAAUGAUGCAAGCGUGACCACUGUGCAGGCUCUGGGCCUGUUGAGCGUAAUUUGUGUUUCUUACUCGGGUUCGGACGUGAGAGGAUGGAUGGACUCAGGUCGCGCCAUCCGUCUCGCUUUCGAAUUCGGCCUCAACCACGAGCUCUCCAAGGUGCGAGAGGACAGCUGCACCCAGAUGGACUCGGAAGUUCGUAGAACUGCAUUCUGGGGCUGUUUCACCUUGGAUCAGUUGUGGUCGACAUACCUUGGGCGACCUCAUCUGAUAAGCCUCGACGAUGUCACGCAAAGUCGUCCUGCAGCAUCACCGGGCGAGCACAAGUGGGACGAUAUCAUUGCUGGUGCUUGGGCUGGCCUGAGUGAACUCCUCGAGCGCAUAUGCGAUUCCAUAAAUCGAAAACUUCCGUCGAACAUGCUCCUGCAACAAGACGCGCGCAAGUGGCUGUCAGCGCUACAUCCGAGCCUUCAUUACGCUCCAGAGUCGCCACCCGCUGUUCACGUGUUACAUCUCCAUUAUCACAGUGCCUGCAUGCUGGAAAGGCUCUCAGAAGCUCGUUUCGGGGCAGCGAUCCCAGAUAUUUCCCCGGAGACGGUUACUGCCCGCUCGACCUGCAUCAGUCACGCCCUACGGGUCGCAGCCAUCACCAAAGACUAUAGAACUCAUCACGGAAGUGCGCGGACCAUGAUAGGUAACUCAAUCUCCGGCAUCAUCGUCGCAGUGUUGGUUUUGAUAGCGAACUGGAUGGACAGAGGGGAGAGCGAUGCGGGCGAGUGCCUCGAACUCGUCGAUUCGUGUGUCCGCAGCGUGCAAGAGAUGCAAGUCUCCUUCGCCUGCGCGCGGACCCUGUCCAAGCAGGUGCUCUAUCUAAUGCGCCGAUAUAACUUUCCUUCGCUCCCUUCACAAAGCCGGACCACGUGGAACGAGGCUGACAACAGUCUCUUGUCUCAAUUGAGUCAAUCGCUCCCAAUCUUCUCUUCGGAGCCAGGUUCUGUGAUAUCUCAUGAGCACGACCUCGACCUGUUUCCUGCAAUGUUUGAACACGGAGGGUUUGAGAUGUCGAUGCCAUGGACCAUGUCACCCGAAGUGAUGGGUCUCUUAUAG